UUAGAUAUGCCUAUCAGUAACUUAAACCCCACAAACUCCACCUUCUAAGUGAGGAAGCUGUGGGUUGAUGGAAAUGUAGUGAGCAGAUCGAGACAGACGGUGAAUCAUUAGCAAACUGCAACGCCAGGAUGAACUUGUCUGGAACCUAGAAGGAGAAAACAGGCUGCGAGUCCUCUGCGGCGCUGGGUUUGCUCAAUACAGCCAAAGUGGAUUUAAAAGCUGGUUGAUCCCCAGUCCAAGAUGCUGCUGGUUUCCCAGCGGGUAGAAGCACCACGGAUGGAGACACAUAUUCCAUUACAGGGAUCCAUUAAAAGAAAACUGGAAGAUGAUAGCUCUCCUGCUUCCAAUGGCAUGCCUGAUGUCACUUUCCCAAAUGACAGUAAAAGACUUUGUCUUGAUGAUGUAAAUCUCACCAUGGGCCAAGGUUCCAGUCCCAGCAUGGCAUGUCCAGAAAUGCAAAGUUCUUCAUUCUCCACUGGUCAUAGCACUUCUUCCCUGGGAGUCACAGGGCACCCAGUGCUCCUUGAAAACAAUCACAUGAAUGGUGGUGGCAUUGGCUCCCCAUUCACAGUGCCAUCCAACACCGAAAUAAAUCAGAAGGGGUCAAUAGGAGGGCAAACCAACAACAUUGUCCAUUAUGAUGAGAAAGGAAACAGCUUACAGUCUGUGGACCAAGAGCUGCAAGAUCUAUUGGAAGAGCUGACCAAAAUGCCUGAUCCUUCUCCCAAUGACCUGGAUCUGGAGAAGAUUUUGUGCAGCAAAGCUGAAGAUCCUCUUGGUCUGAGUCAUUCCCAACCAAACAUAAGUACCACUCCAAAGUCCUCCCCACAGACUUCCCACCUGGAGAACCAUGUUGCUAACAAAGAUUUUUCUCCAGGCUGCAAUCCAACCAGUGGAGGAUCCCCUCAGAUGAGACCAUCAUCUGCUGGAGCUAACUUCCAAGUUCCUCCCUCAAACAAACCUGCUGCAUCGCCCAUCUCUACAACAGCUCAGAACAAAAGUCAGCCUCCACUGAUGCUCCCAGUACCCUUGCCCAACAUGCCUGGCUCCAACUGGCAUGCUCAGCAGCUAAAACAGCUGGCAGCCAGCAAACAGGUGUCUGGUACCAAGCAACAAGUUCAGGGUCCCAGCUGGACAACUAUGUCUCCUCCUGGUCUCUCCCCGCCUUACAGGGCAGGAUCAUCCCCACAUCAUCAACCUUUCAGUCCUCAGAAUGUUAUGGUGUCUGGCAUGCCUGCUAAUAAUUUACCAGGAAACAGCAUUCAGAGUCCUCAAAACACUCUGCUUUCAAGCAUGACUUCCAGCAGCACCCCAUCCAAUGGCCCUUCUCCCCCUUACAGCUCUGAGAAGCUCUCCAGUCCAGCUCUGAGCCAGCAGCCCUUCAGUCCUCAGAGCUCCAUGCUACCUGCUCUGACAUCAGCCAGCUUGCCAGCCAGCAGCAUUAAAAGCCCACAGAACAACUUGGUUGCCAGCAUAGCCUCCACAAAUACUGGACCUUCUCCACCAUACAGGCCAGAAAAGCUGUCAAGCCCUGCUCUGCAUCAACAGCCCUUCAGUCCUCAAAGUACAUUAAUCUCUAACAUCACUUCCAGCAGCAACCCCACAAGUAUGCAGAACUCACUUUUUAAAUCAAUGACUACAAACCAGACCAAAAAUAUGAACAUAAUUAUGCAACAGCCAUCCAGUAGCUUACAGCCAGGUCUGGUGAAUGAGAGCUCUGUUAGCCAAGACCAGUUUUCUUUCAACAACACCAAACCACUGUCUCACUUUGCUUCAGAGUCAGCUACUGAAAAAAUGUCCCCUCUGACAGGAGGACAAGGACAGCAGUCCCUCAUUCACUAUCUCCAGCAGCAGCAGCAGCCUUCAGCCACGCAGCAGUCUCAGCAGACCAACAACAGCCAGUUUCUCCAGCAGCAGUUCCGACAGCUGAUGCAGCCACAUCGGAUGCAGAGACAGAUGCAAGCUGCCACACUGCUAUCUCAAAGCAGACAGGAUCAAAAUCCUGGAAUUGCUGCCAGAUUGCAGGAGCCAGGCUCCAUCCCAAGCAGUGGCUCUGUGCCGGCACCAGCCACGGUCAACGGGUACACGAUGAGAAACCAUUUACUGAAGCAGCAAAUAAUGAAACGGCAGCUGAUGCAGGAAAAGCAGAGACAAAACAUGCUGGGAGUAACAUCUGAACAGAGAAGCUUGUUUGUGGCUCAGCAGAUAAACCAAUUUCAAGCCAUGCAGCAGCCCAUUCCUGCUGACUGUAACCAGGUGAUCCCAGCUCCUCUGCCCAACCACCGCAUGCUGCCGUCAAACCCAGCAAUGCUCCAGAGUACUUUGGGCUCUGGCAUGGCCUCAGCCACUGCCAGUCAGAGCAGCGGGACAAUGUUGAUGAUUCCACACAAUCCUGGCAAGCAGCAGGGGAUUUUUCCACCUAAUUCUGACUUUAACAUCCAGCUGCGGCCAAGCCAGAACUCACUAGGCAUGAACUCAGGGUGCCAAACUGUACACUCCACUGUGAAGCCAGGAAUGCCAAUGGGAGGGUUCAGUUCUGGCUCCUUAGCAAAUCACUCUGCAACACAGCAACACUUGAGGCAGCCAAGCAUGCCAAGAAUCCCCAAUGUCUACCCCAAUUCAUCUGCCCAGAUGUGGACGCCAACUACUGUGCCAAGAAUGCCAAAUCAAAGCCAAAUGGAUACCAGCAUGCAGCAGUUUUCUGGGAGCAUGGUGUUCUCCAAACAGAGCAUGAGGCCAAGCACACCAGGUCAGGCAUUCUCCCAGCAGGCUGCGGUGCCACCGAAUCAGAUUGCUCCCAGCAUCCAGGUCAGGCAGAUGCAGAAACUGAGCAUGGGACAGUCUGGCCAGGGCUUGAGCUCAGUGAAUAAUCAGAACUUGAGAAACAGUUUAACCAGGGGACCGUUGCCAACUAUGAAUGUUAUGAAAUCGGUGUCCCAAGGAGUGUCCAGUUUUAACCACCUCAAUCCUGCCCAAGGCCUUGGCCCAACAAGUUACCCUUCCACUGUCCAGCCUGAUGCUUUCAGCAGGAUGAGCACCACCACUGAGCUGCCCCGGUAUGACUUUGUGUUCCAGCACAGCAAUUCCAUCAUGCCUGCCAACUGCAAUGACACUGAUUUCCUCGACUCCCUCAUGAAGAACAGCAGCAGCAAUGAUGAAGAGUGGUUGAACAAUCUGACAAUGAUAGAUGACAUUUUGGGACAGCACGCUCAAAGCUCUGGACAUGUUUAGCUUGGAGAGAAGCAGCCUCAUUGUAAAUAAUACACAUAUGGCUUUGAACAGAACAGACAACCCAUGAAAGCCACUGCAUUGUUCAAUACAGAGGGAAUAGACUCAGCCAAUUCUUUGUCUGCAUCAAAGUUUAAUAUUGGCAGUUUUUCAGAUGACUGUAUAUAUUUGAAUAUUUUGUAAAUUAUGUUUUCCUAAACAUUAAAUGUAGAAGUAUUUAUACUUCUUUGCUGAACUUCUUGUAAAUAAAUCUAGAGCAUAACUUUUGGUUUUAUUAUAGGGAUUUCAUUUUACCUUGUUAUAAAUAUGUAAAUAAUAUUGAUAGUUUCAGUAAUACUGUGUAUUACAGCAUAAAAUACUUAUGUUUUUGACAUAACUUAACACAUGAUCUAGGGGUGUCAUUGCAACCAGACUAAGCAGAAGUCAAAUGUGGCACCUAUUCUCCCAUAUCAAGAGGAAAGAUUGAAAAGUUGUAUUAAAAAAAAAUAAAGGCCCUAAAAGGAGCUGCUGAUUCCCUCAUUGCUUAGUGUUGAAGACAAAAAUUGGUACAUAGGUCCUAUCCAAGCACCCAGUGAAUUCAGGGAGCUGCUUGCAGACAUCCAUUUGCCAGAUCCUGGGCAUGUUCUCAGCUUGAUACGCUCCAGUAGGUUGCUGUGCCACUGACAACACGCCAGCAACUGUCCUGCAGGGAGUGUGUGCUUGUGACCAUCCAGCUGCUGACAGGUGUGUGCCUGGGGUCACAGGUUCACCAUGGUGUGGCCCAUGGUGGCCACACUGGACAGGAGGUGCUGGGCAUGCACUUCCCAGCUUCCAGCCACUAAUCCCUUCAGCAAAAAGGUAGCUCUGGUUUGUGCACCUCUGUCAUGUGUAUUUGUAGUGUACAGGUGAUUUGUUCCUGGUUUUAAGGCUUUUCAUAAUUUCUGUUUUAAUGUAAGACUUUUUUCAGGGGAAAAGUCUAUAAACAUUAAUAGUUAUUUUUUGAUGUUUUUCUGCCAGCUACUAUUGUCCUCUGUAUAUUUAAGAGUCUGUUUAUAAAAGAUUCACUGUACUGUAAACUUCUUAAAAUGUUCAUACUUUGUGUAAUCAUAUUUUAAUAGUCACAUCAUACUUUGCAAUACAUUUGUAAUAUAACGUCCGCUUUAAGCACAGAAUGUUUUUUUCUUCAUACCAUAAUAAACUGCCAGGGGAAAAUUGGU